CGGAGCGUAGUCGGCAUCCGACAUCGACAUCCGAUUCGGGAAUUAAUCGAUCCCGUCUGCGAAAAGGACAAAGGGGAGAGGCUGUGGAAGGUGGAAGGCGAAAAGCGGAAGGCGAAAGGGCGCUUUCUCGGCGUGGGCGACGACGAACGUUAGGUCGAACAGAUCGGUGGGCGUCCACCGGUUCGCCCAAUUGGUCGAUCGAGCCGGUAAUGGUCGGUGGGCGUCGGGUAAGCUCAGAUGCGCGGCAUGGAGUGCGCACUUGGCUACCUUUAGCCGACGACGACUUGUUCCAUGCAUCCUCGCGCUUCUCUCCCGGCUUCCCCCUUCGGCUUACCAGCGCUUCGACUAAGCCGCACACUGUCCACCUCUCCCUGUUUCUCGUCGCCUCCUCUCUUCCUCCUCGUCGUUCGACGAUCCGGGGCCUGUGUGCGCGCGAUCGUAAUCGUGCAAGCCCUGUGUGCUGGUGCUGCUGCUGCUGUUGCCUCGUCUUCGUGCUCGCCUCUCCUCGUUGCUCCGUGAACUCGUAUUUCUCGUCCUCUUCCUUCCCGUCGACGUCCACCGCGUCGUCGUUCCUUCGUCUUCGUCCUCGUCCUCCUGUUCGUCUUCGUCAGCAUUGCCGCCGUCGCCGCCGCCGCCGCCGCUGCUACCGCGGCCACCGCCGCUGCGCCGCGGCGCCUUAAAUCUUGAUCUCACCUCGACUCAACAGUCUGGAAGGUGGGGGUAAGGCUAGUCUGGGCGCGCUUCGAGCCACCGAACGGAAGGCAAUCUGCUCGAAUCCGGCGGACCGCGAGCAGGUUACCCCGUGUACUCGUGUUCCAUCGUUCUCCUUCUUUCUCUACGUUCUUCCACACUGGCUUCUUGGUACGUAGCUUUCCUUCUCGCGCUCGAGUCGAAGGUUACGAAAAAGAGGUGGACCGGUCAUCGUGCGAAACGACCGAAAUCAAGAGGAAUCGCGUGUCCGAAAUUACUGUCAAGUGAAUGGUCCGAGAGGUGUUUCGGGCCUCGAUCCAUGACGUUACCAGAGAGAAGCAGCCGGAAACGACUACUAUAUCUCGGACAGACAUCGAUCGCACCCGGAAGAUGCUACCAAUGAAGAGAAAAGUCUAACGAAUGUAUGUACUUACAUAGAGGCUCGUUUUAAGGACAGAGGCGGAAGACCCCGAAGCGAUAGAGCGAACGAGGUCGAAAUCGAAGGACAAGUAGAAAGACUGUCGUUACCUGAAAUCUGGAUGUCAGCUGGAUGCGAGUAGACGCCGCUGUUCCCGCGAGGCUCUAGAGGGUGGGGGUGAAGCUAGUCGUUGGCGCGCUUCGAAAGCCCGAACGGAAGGCAAUCUGCUCGAAUCCGGCGGAGCGCGAGCAGGUUAUCCCGUGGUAGCGCGUAGCUGGUCGGUCGUUAUUGGAGAAGGGAGCACGGGUCGGACAGAAGGAGAAACAGAGAAGCGUGGAACCCGAGAGAAAGAAGAGCGAGAAUCGGAGCGAAAGACAGCGGUAGAGCGAGAGAGAAAGGGGGAGUAAGAGGGAGAGAAGAGAGGCGGAGGGUGGGAAGGUAGAGAAGGGCACACGUCUAUAGGUAGUCACGAGCUUCGACGAAGCGCCUGCGCUCGCGAGCACUUCUCGCCGUUACCUCCUCGCAUCGACUACGCUCGUCCACGUAGACGCGACAGCCGACGUGAAAGCUCGCGUUGCGAUGAAUCGCGUUCGCCGACGGACCGUCAGACAGGAUGUCAUUCAGCUUGGUUAAUCGGACGCAGGAAACCACGCCGGACCCUGGCGUCGAUUGCGCUCGCGCGCUUCUGCGCCAGCGCGAUACACACGCCGACCGCCGCAUCUUGUGACACCGUGAGUGGCUAAGCGUGCACGAGGACCGACCUCGUUGCCGUCGUUGAACGUCCGGGGCCGUACGUGCCGGAAGACUGUUGUCCUUCGUUCCGCGGUUCGCUUUUCAUCCACCUAUACGUAAGAUCCGUUGUCGGUGUGCUAUCUGCUCUGACUCGAGAACGUCGUGACACACUCGUGCCUCGGUAAGAAACUGCAACUGGUGACUCGAAACUCGUCCAAACUCGGUGUACAAUCGCUACGAUCUUUACGAACGUCCACCUGCGACAUCUCGAAUCCGUCAACGAACUUCUUUCCGCGAGAGAAGAAGAGACGAGAAGACAGGGGUGCGAGAAGAGAGAUCAGGAAACGUCGGGUGCAGGAAACGGCGAGCAUCCGUCGGAUACGAAGGCAGGAAGAGAAACGACUCUACCAUAGGGACGGUGUAGCUACAGAGGUGGAGGCAGAAGGGGAGGAAGAGGAGGAGGAGCUGGUGCCCGGUGUGGAGGGGGUGGAGGUGAUCGUCUGGUGAUGAUGAUCGGUGGCGGCGUCGCGACCCCUCCUGGUACUGCCAAGUCGGCGGCUGCGAUCGACAGCGAAAUGGUGCAGGUCGACGGCAUUGGCAGUGGUAGUGUCAGUGGCAGUGCUAGUGGUAGUGGUAGUCCUGCGACAGGCGCGACUACUACACGUAUAACCAACAGCAACAACGCUGGCGGCAAUAAUAACAAUAACAACAAUAACAACAACAACGGGGACGUUGUAAACAACAAUAACAACAACAACAACAAUAACAACGAAGGUCACGCGGUGGUGAACUGCGCCAGCGGCCCCGCAGCGGCGACCGACAAAUUUUGCUGUCACGACGACGAUGCACCCGUCAGCACCGGCGUCACGCGUCCUUGGGAACCACCCUCGCCGACCUUCUCGCAGACGAGGUCGCAUCUGUUUCAGGUCCAUCCACCGCACCAUCAUCAGCAUCCAGCUGCGCAUCACCAUCAACAGAUGACCGUGCCUCCAGUGUCUUUGAUCGACGGCGUGAGCUUACAAAACUGUACCGCGGGACCAUUUGCCAGCGGCAACGGUGGUGGAACCAACCGUCAACGAUUGCUCGAACUAUCGCACGGAUUAGGAGCUUUGAGGCACUACAACGACCUUGCUAAUCAUGUGCUGUCGCUGAAUCAACAAGGGGCGGUCGUCACCAAACUACUGGGUACGUUGCGCCCGCCGGGUUUAAUCGGUGGCAGCAAGCCAAAAGUUGCGACACCAGCCGUCGUUGCUAAGAUCGAACAAUACAAGAGGGAAAAUCCGACGAUCUUCGCAUGGGAGAUUCGAGAGAGGCUCAUCUCCGAAGGCGUUUGCAGCAACGCGACAGCUCCAUCCGUCAGUAGCAUCAACCGAAUUCUACGAAAUCGCGCGGCAGAACGAGCAGCCGCGGAAUUCGCGAGAGCGGCAGGCUAUGGUUUAUACGCCGCGGGUCCACAUCCGUAUUUCAACAGCGCCCAUCAGCACCCAACGACCAGCCACCAUUUACCCGCUGGCUGGCCAGCGCCGGGGGCAGCGGGUCAUCCUUGGAUGCUGCCGCCAUUAGCUACUGGAAUCACUGGCGCAGCUUCCGCUCUGCUUCUUCCGCCGUCCUUGAGUCCAGGAGCGGCGGCAGCGGCAGCCGCAGCCGCCUCUGCGUCGGCUGCUGGAACGGCGGAUCACUCUCUUCACGCGGACGCCAUCGCACGAGGGUACUUGCAAGACGGUGACGGAGAUGAAGGAAGCCUGGACGGGUCGGAGCAACCAAAAUUCCGACGAAAUCGUACCACCUUCAGCCCGGAACAACUCGAGGAGCUCGAAAAAGAAUUCGAGCGAUCUCACUAUCCUUGCGUGUCUACGCGCGAACGGCUAGCCUCUAAGACCUCUCUCUCGGAAGCUCGUGUACAGGUUUGGUUUUCCAACAGACGGGCAAAGUGGCGUCGUCAUCAGCGAAUGAACCUCUUAAAACGUUCGCCGCCACCACCACCUCCACCGCCUCCGCCGCCACCGCCGCUGCCGCAGCAGCAGCCGCCGCCGCAACCGCAUUCCGCAUCCGGUAUGGAAGUAAGCCGUGCGUCAAGCUGCUCAAUCGCCGGAAUGGGAGGAGAAAGUAGCGCGUUCCGGGCCGUCGUGACCAACUCCUCGUCAUCCAGAGAGGUCGCGGAACGGAACGAGAGGAUCGACAGGGUCGAUUCCAUUACCAAACAGCCGGAAAGAAAGCCGAGCGCCUUUAGGAUGAUCAGUCAACUCGUCGGUGAUGAUUCGCCGAGUAUAAUCAAGUCCUCGAGUCCGACCUACGAACAGCAGAGGCACGAGACUAACGUUAGAUCCGUGAUGGAAUCCGAGUCUGCGAACAACAAGGAAUUUCAGCGGGUCGAGGUUGAAGAGGAAGACGAGGAGAUCGACGUGCAAGAUUCCGACCAAGAUGUUGCUUCUUCGCCGACCGUUGCAUGGCGGGAUCAUUGGACGGAACAGCAACCCUUGGAAUUGACGAAACACGAUCGUUGAAAUCGUUCCAACUCGAAACUAGGUGGAACGAUCCAAGAAAUUGUGCUCGUAUUAGAAACGUUUAAAGUAACGAUGAGUUUUGCGUGAAAUCUUUUGCCACCGAAUAUCGUGAUGAUUUAGCACAUGCCUAGUGUCCAAGAUCGAUUAUGAAUCAGUGAUAUAUGAAAAAAACGUUGCUGCGAGACAGAACGUUCAAGUGUAUCGAUCUAAUAUGUGCGUGAACAAGAAAUCUCGAGAUACGUUUAUAUCGAUCGAUCGUGAUCGUAGUAGAAUUCGUGGCGAAUUCGUGACUGUAAAACUAUCGCUUAAUUUCAUAGAAUUUCAUUACACAAGGACAGAAGACUGACGAGAUCGUUUCGUUAAACUUCAAUUCGUGUGUCUCGCUUCGACAUGUCCUCGACUCUUCGUCUCGUUCGUGUCGAGUGAUACGUCCCUAGUACCUAUCCAACUACUUACUACGAUUACGAUCCAUUUAUUACAAUUAAGAUUACGAUAAUAAGCUACGAGGAUGGUUGUGUAACGUUAAAUUCCAAUUACCGGCAGUGCCGUCGUGGCGUUAUUGUCAACUAGAACUACCGAGGAUUUAGAUAGGUAAUUAAUUGCUUACCCGAUAUGUAUCGGGCUGUCGGCCGGCUGCGCUAUAAUUGCAGCGCUGCGCUAUAAUUUACACCGCGGUGCAGUGGACGUUUCCCCUAUCCAGAUACGAGGACAGGAAAGAUCCAGAUACGAGGACAGGAAAGAUCCAGAUACGAGAACAGGAAAGAUCCAGAUACGAAGUCGGGAAAGAUCCAAACGUCGAGGAAACAGACGCCGAAACUUAUCCGGAACUAGUCCUAGCGAAAUCAUUAUACCGCAGAUAAUGCAUUACCUAGGCACUAUGUAGAAAAAAUAGAUGAAUCGAUGGUAACACUGUAACGAACGAUCUGUUAAAGACGACUUUUAUUUAAAUGAAUUCGUUUGUAAAUAUCUA